GACGCUGCUUGCUUCACUGUCGGCACCGGCAUUUGGCUGCCGCUCCUCCUCCGCGACACUCGAGAGUCUGUCUACUCCCUUCACGUUUCCAAUGGCAGAAAACAACGGUCAUGAUCACUUCGUCAAGCCGUACCAUCUUGGGCCUCGGAUCGCCGACUAUGUGGCCAACCACAGCGGUCGGAUGAACCCGGUUUUGACAAAACUUUGCCAAAGGACACAGAAGAUGCAUAAGGCUGAGAUGAUGAGCGAUACGUCUGAGUUGCAACUCUUCCAGAUCCUACUCAAGGCUACGGGGGCCAGAUAUUAUUUGGAAAUAGGCGUAUUUACAGGCGUGAGCGCAUUAGCCGUUGCCCUCGCACUUCCACCAGAUGGGCGCGUCAUUGGGUUGGAGACUAACGAGGAAACCGUCAACAUUGGGAGACCCUUCUGGAAAGAGGCUGGGGUCGACGGCAAGAUUGACAUCGUGAUUGGUGACGCCAAAAAGUCUCUUGAUGAUCUGAUCGCUCAAGGCAAAUCCAACUUUUUCGACUUCAUAUUCAUCGACGCUGACAAGGCGUCGUACGACGAGUACUACGAGAAGAGCCUGCAGCUCGUCAAGCGCCAUGGCCUCAUCGCUGUCGACAAUGUCCUGUGGAAAUCGAGAGUGUUCGACCCGGCCUUCGACGACCUGAGCACGGAGUGCGUGCGACGGCUAAACCGCAAGCUGGCGUCCGAUGACCGCGUCGAGAUGUGCAUGCUCACGCUGAGCGACGGCGUCACUUUAGCCUUCAAGAAGUGAACGUGCGACUUCGCUGCCGAUUCGUACAUUACUUGCUCGGCCUUCGGCAACAGUUAUCCGCCGGUGUUUGUUUAAGCACGGCAAAGAUAAGCUCUGUAAAAGUAUCUGGUAACUUCACCAACGGUUCUCGCAACGGCGUCUCAUCUUUUCCUGCGACGCGAUUGUGUGCUAAUCAUUAAACAACGUGCGCUGCUUGCUGCGAAUUUUUUUGUUUUCUUCUUUUGUGGUCUACAAUUAGAAAAAAAAAAGAAACAGUACAGCGCUCCUCGUCUCACAUUUUCUGCGUUUUCAAGAGCUCUCGUUCUUCCUGGCAGAGUACUAUAUAUACGUUCACUCUGCUUGCGCCAAGAGUGAACGCACUCGAAUUGGAGAGCCGUUGCAGCGACGAGCCGAACCGACACGCCCGAGCACGUCGCAGGAACAGCUUUAGCGCCGCGAGCAACUAGCACGAAGUAUACAGCUUUAAGCGAACGCGCACACGAACGUGAGACGUACUAGGUGCGGGAACGGGUCAUCGAACGCGAAUCAGUCGAGUAGAACUUGUUGCUGGGCGAGUUGGUUGGGAUCUAAUGAAUACAUUGAUGGGCCAAAAAAGGAAAAAUAAAUACUUGGGAGGGAGAGUGCGAAACGACAGAUUGAGCGCUGAACUUCAACUGAUUUCGUUCUUACAGCAGGGCAGGGAGAACGAUCAAAUGCGCUCCCUCCCAAGUCUUUAUUUUUCCUUUUUUCAUGCGCAUUGGUUCAUUCUCCCUGCCCUGCUGUAAGAAUAAAAUCAGGCGAUGCAGUCCUCGCCUAGCAGCGCGACGGCAGCGCCACAUACGUAGCACUGCGUGAGAACACCUACACAGGCACGUGGCACGAUAUAGGCGGCUAAUUAUCGCCAGGUUAGCGAAUACAAACAAAAAAGACGCGUACACGUAACUAUAGCGAGAUGAUCACUGACUCGAGAACGUAACUGUAUGAAGGAGGUGCGCCUGGCCGCCGCAUUCGCGGCCAGGCGCGAAUGCGGCUGGCUAUCACUGGCUAUGACGUACGGCUCUUCCAAAGGCAAUAAUGAUCUCGCGAGAGCUCCACUGACGAGCCGAUCAGCGCCGUGCCACGGAGCGCAUCUGCGAAACUAUAGCGAGAGUUAAGAAAAACUCGAAAGAAGUUAAGAAGAACUCGAAAUUAAGAAGAAGAAAAAAAAAACACCCACAAGUUGAGAUCCCCCGAAACAC